AUGGAUCUCCAGGAGACCCAGCGUAUCCUUUCCGAAUAUCUGCACGAACUCGCAGAUCUAUUCCACCGUGUGCCUGGCUCCGCAAUCUUCCUCCGCUACGUGAAAUCCAGCUAUCAAGAUGACCCAAUUCGUUCUGCCGUCGAACUUUUCCUCUUCCUCUUUGCCGUGCGAUACCUUCUAGCGCCCAAGUAUUCGACCAAACCGGGCGUGGUACCACUGACGGAAGACGAGAUUGACGACCUCGUGGACGAAUGGACCCCGGAGCCCCUGGUCGGGGACCCGACGGCCCUGGAAGCGAUGGAAGUUGAUAAGCGGACCGUGAUUGUUGGCCCUGUAGGCCCGAAAUCGAAACUCACCAACGGCCGCACUGUGAUGAACCUUGGUUCCUUCAAUUUCUACAACUUCAAUACGAAUGAGUCGCUCAAGGAACAGGCUAUCCAGACACUCCGUGCUUAUGGUGUGGGUCCAUGCGGACCGCGUGGUUUCUACGGCACUCAGGAUGUUCACAUAAAGACUGAGGAUGAUGUCGCGUCGUUCUUGGGGACCGCGGCUUGCAUUAUCUACUCCCAGGCCUUCUCUACCAUUUCUAGUGUUAUUCCGGCCUUCUCGAAGCGUGGUGACAUUAUCGUCGCGGAUAAAGGGGUUAGCUUUGCUAUUCGAAAGGGUAUUCAGAUCUCUCGAAGCAUGGUCCGAUGGUAUGAACAUAAUGACAUGGAGGAUUUGGAGCGCGUGCUCGCGAAGGUCACUAAGGAGCAGGCCCGGAAGCCCCUGACUCGCCGAUUCAUUAUCACCGAGGGUUUGUUUGAGUCUUAUGGCGACAUGGCGGACUUGCCCAAGAUCAUCGAACUACGACUCAAGUACAAGUUCCGUUUGAUUCUCGAUGAAACCUGGUCCUUUGGUGUUUUGGGACGCACUGGCCGUGGUAUCACGGAGCACCAGAACGUCGAUGCUGCCGAGGUUGAUAUGAUUGUGGGGUCCCUGGCCGGUCCCCUUGUUGCUGGUGGUGGCUUCUGUGCUGGUUCAGAGGAGAUUGUUCACCACCAGCGUAUUUCGGCUGCUGCUUAUACCUUCUCUGCUGCGCUUCCCGCUCUUCUUUCGACUACCGCCAGUGCCACUAUCAACAUCCUCCAGAACAACCCUGAGACAGUGUCACAACUUCGUGAACACACCAAGGCUAUGCGGGCUCAAUUGGAUCCCCGAAGCGACUGGGUUUACUGCACUAGCGCGCCUGAAAAUCCUAUCUUGGUUUUGGUCAUCAAGCCGGAGGUUGUGGCUGCUAAGCGUCUCACAGAAGAUGACCAGCAGUUCUUGCUUCAAGAUGUUGUCGAUGAGUGUCUGGCCAACGGCGUUCUGAUUACGCGGCUCAAGACCCUCGAGGACAACUUCCAGCCUAAGCAGGUUAUCCCGCCCGCCCUGAAGGUGUGCGUCACUACCGGUCUCACCAAGAAAGAGACCGAAAAGGCAGGAACGAUUAUUCGACAUGCCAUUACCAAGUCUCCCCCGGGAGAACCUGGCUGCAAAAUGAAGCGCCUUACUCAGUCACUUGUUGGCCUGCUACUUGCCUGUGGUGUUUGCGCCGAAGCUGGGGCCGACAAACAACCCCGUGCAAAUCUCGCUCAACCAGCCUAUACCAAAGAGGUAGUCGUCUGGGUCAAUGAGAAGGGAGAAACCAUCAGCACGGAAACACACUACGUCCAGGCCUUGACCUCUGCGCUCCAAGAGAAUCAACCCUCAAUAUCAACCCCGGAUACAAAUGGUGCACCACCACACGCCCUAUCUAAGAACAGCAACGACCACCCCGUCCCAGCCAAGGGCAAACCCAAGAAUCUACCACACCACCCACACAAGCACCCCAAACCAGCCGUCUCCCAUUCCCACCAAAACCAACACCCAAACGCCAACUUCGGCAUAUCCUACUCCCCCUACAAAGCAGACCGCACCUGCAAGAACCAAGAAGAAGUAAACCAAGACUUAGACCGAAUCUCCUCAUACUCCUUCAUCCGCAUCUACGGAACAGACUGCGACCAAACCAAAACCGUAACGACCGCCGCCCGCCGCCACAACAUGCAAGUCUUCGCCGGCAUCUACGACCUAACCAACUUCCCCUCCAGUCUAGACGCCUUCAGCGAAGCAAUAACAGAUCCAAACGGCAAAAAAGACUGGUCAAUCUUCCACACAAUCGCCGUAGGCAACGAGCUCGUAAACGGCGGCACCAACUCCGCCACCGACGUCGCAGCCGCCGUACAAACCGCCCGCUCCAUCCUCCGCGCACAGGGGUACACCGGGCCCGUCGUCACAGUCGACACUUUCUCCGUGCACCUCGACCACCCGGAACUCUGCCACGUGUCCGACUACUGCGCGGCGAACUGCCAUGCUUUCUUCGACGCCACGCAGCAGCCUGCUGGCGCCGGCGCGUAUGCGCUCGAGCAGGCGCGCAGUAUCUCGGCUGGGGCUGGGGGGAAGCGUACUAUGAUUACGGAGUCUGGGUGGCCGCAUGCUGGGGAUGCGAAUGGGGGUGCGGUUCCGUCGAAAGAGAAUCAGUUGGCGGCGGUUGAGAGUUUGAGGAGGAGUUUUGAGAAGAGGAGGGAGGAUUUGGUACUCUUUACGGCUUUUGAUGAUUUGUGGAAGGAUGAUAAUAUGUAUACUUUUAAUGCGGAGAAGUUUUGGGGCAUUCAUGGAGGGUUGUAG